UGGCUGCGCCCACUGACUGCGCGUCACGUGACCCCCUGUCAUCACGUCACCGGGGCUGCGGAUACCAGCGAGUCGCAGUGGUUGGUCAGAGCGGCGGCCGGAGCGGACCGAGCACCAUGAACCUGAAGCGGACCCGGGACCGUCUGUACAGCACUCGGUGCUGCGGCUGCUGCCAUGUGCGCACCGGGACCAUCGUGCUGGGCAUCAAGGAGAUGGUGAGAGCCGGCAGCGUGUCGGGGGGUGCGGGGCUCAGAUAUCAGCGCUCGGGGGGAGAAUCCCAGCAACUAACCCCCAGCUCCCAGUAACUAACUAACCCCCAGCUCCCAGUAACUAACUAACCCCCAGCUGCCAGUAACUAACUAACCCCCAGCUCCCAGUAACUAACUAACCCCCAGCUGCCAGUAACUAACUAACCCCCAGCUGCCAGUAACUAACUAACCGCCAGCUGCCAGUAACUAACUAGCCGCCAGCUGCCAGUAACUAGCCCCCAAUAACUAGCUGCCAGCUCCCAGUAACUAGCUGCCAGCUCCCAGUAACUAGCCCCCAAUAACUAGCUGCCAGCUCCCAGUAACUAGCUGCCAGCUCCCAGUAACUAGCUGCCAGCUCCCAGUAACUAGCACGCAGCUCCGCCUGCUGGGAGUGCAGCCAAUAGCAGCGUGUCACAGGUGGCUGAGCCUGCUGGGAGUGCAGCCAAUAGCAGCGUGUCACAGGUGGCUGAGCCUGCUGGGAGUGCAGCCAAUAGCAGAGGGACACAGGUGGCUGAGCUCGCUGGGAGUGAGUCACAGGUGGCUGAGCUUGCUGGGAGUGAAGUUCAUUAGUGUCACAGGUGGCUUAGCUUGUGUAGAAGUGAAGCCCACCACAUAGAGUUGUUGGUGGCUUAGCAUUCUUAGGGAAGAGAAGCCCAAUGGCAGUGUUGCAGGUGGCUCAGCAUUCUGGGUAGUGAUGCCCACUGCAAAGUUGUAUAGGUAGCUAAGCAUGCUGGGAAGUGAAGCCCACACAAAGGGCCAUUGGUGGUUGAACAUGCUGUUUUCCCAGAAUUGGUUGAGCAUCAUGUUACGUUUAGUAGAGGCUUUAAGGUUGGCUGAAUCUUAUGGAAAGAUAAGCUCAUGACUGUUGAAAUGCUAGACUUCACUAAACCAGUCUGUACCUGGCACUACAAGACUGGGGGGUGGAGAGGGCAAUGCAUAGUGACAUCAAGAUGUGUGGGUGACAAAGAAUAGUCAGUCACCAAUGGCUGGGAUUUAAAAACUAAGCUGGUGAUAGCCGAGGAGUAAAGACUUUGUGGUCCUGGCUGGCCACAAUGUUGGCAAUGAGUUCUAGAUGUAGGGUUUGUAAAUAAUUUGCAGUGGUAGCAAGGAUGCAAGGUGAAAAGUUUGUGGGUUAAAACAGAGCAGGACUGGAAAUACUGGAAAUGGCAGCUUGUCACCUGACAAUUUGUGCUUUACCUGACACAAGAACCAGUUAUGCUUUUACAGCAGAUUGGCCAUUACAUUCUAUCAUUCUACCACGCUGCAUUUGUUUCUGUACAUUUCAGAACCUCGAGAAACAGUACAAUGUUUUUUGUUUUUUGCAUGGUUUCUCUACUUUUAAACUGCAGAUUAGGAUGCUAAAGUUCUAUCCAUGCGUGUUUGUUAUGCUAACAAUGUUUCAAUUGUGGUAAUAUACAUUUUUAAAUUAAUUUACUAGAAAUGAAACAAGGAAUAGGGGGGUUGCAAAUAUUGUUUAAUUUAGAUUUCUUUAUCUCCUGCUCUGUUAAUAGCUUGCUAUAGACCCUGUUUAACCCCUUAAGGACACAUGGCGUGUGACAUGUCAUGAUUCCCUUUUAUUAGUUUGGUCCUUUAAGGGGUUAAACCAUUUUGUUUUCAUGCCUUUCAUGUCAGUCACAGCCAGGGGAGGUGUGGCUAGGGCUGCAUAAACAGAAACAAAAGUGAUCCUACAUGGCAGAGAAUUGAGCAGUGAGACUGCACGAGCAUGAUCUUUACACAAAAACGGCUUCAUUAAGCUAAAGUUGUUUUGGUGACUAUAAUAUCCCUUUUAAAGUAAAAUUGUUUUGAUGGCUAUAGUGUCUCUUUAUUGUACUUGAUUCACAUUUUGGUUGUUAUAGUUUUGAUGAUACCCUGACUAUUCUACUGCCUUGGCUGUGCUUUAUGUAUGGCUUAUUGAUAUAGUGACCGAUAAUGAUACCUUCUUUCAAAGUUUCCUAUGGCAUAAUCUUCCCUAAGCUUUGUAUACUCCAGGAAGUAGGCCAAUAAAAGCCAGUCCAGGGUCUGAACUGCUUGGCAUAUGUAACACUGGUUAGGGGAAAAAUCAGUCUCAAUUCUGUUCACAGCUGGAGGACCUGAGAUUUGUAGUUCAGUUACAAUCUUUGCACUAGCUGUUGGCUGAACUACAACUCCCAAAAUGCUUUGCUUAUGUUUUGGACAGGAAGGCGAGUGGGCAGGGGUACAAGUUUCAGCCGACUCAGAGAUCCAUGCCUUAGACGACCAUGCACCGCUGCCUGCGUUCGGGAGACAAGUUUGUUUGAACAAGUGUGUUCGUAUAUAUGAAUGGUGGCCACCCAGGGAAUGCUUGUUUGUGGUUAACAGCCAUUGUGGUCGGUGAUUAUGAGGUGUUAACAAGGGGGACCACACAGUCUAUUCGGUAAACCGAACAGAAGGGGAACAAUUCCAUUUGAAUGCAGGGGGGUAUCAGACAAAACAAGGUACAAAUAAGGGAACACGUACCCUCAACUUAUCCACAAGUCAUGGCAUAUUUCACAAUUGUUGGUCAAAAAACUGCAUUCAACUUAUAGACAAGUAUAUACAGUAACUUUUAUUCUAGUACUCUGUAAGUCUGUCAGCACAGGCACUGAAUCCUUGACGGAGAUCAUCAGAAUUUACUAUCUCAGCCAAACCAAUAUUUUUUGCAUUGGGACACUACGGCACAUGAGCGGCAGAACACUGUGCUGUACCAAUCCGCAUCUUCUCAUAAAGGUGCAUUGAAUCAAUCACCUUGUGCAGUACGACCCAGCAAGCACCUCUAGAGGCCGUCUGAGUGAGAGGUGUUCCUAGGCAGCAAUGUAAGCCACUCAAGGGCUUCCGGAAUUCAAACAGACUUUUGGUCCGUUAUCUGACGCUGGACAUCCUCACGGACCUCCAGUGUCAGAUUUUCCCUAUAGGAAAGCAUUAGGUCUCCUGGGCAGAAAGACAUUGGCCCAGGAGUGGGGAGGGGGGAGGGCACCAGUUUUCCUGGCACUAUAGGAUCCUUUUAAAUCACCAUGGUUGAGUAACCAUGCUCAGCAGAGGUGAUUCUGAGUUUCUCCAGGAUGAGCGAGACCUGGUGAUGUUCCUUUGCAUGACCCUCUGCCUGGGAGAGGGAUGAGGGGAAGGCGAUUUUUUUUAAAUAACCUGAACCUGUCCCUCGCGAGCCCUGCCAUCUUGUUGUGGUUUUUUAUUUUUUUAAUUAACAGAAGGGUGGCACAUCCAACUUUCGUGCAUGGAUAUACAAUAUUACUUACUGGGCAUUUUUAAAUUAAAUUAGCACACAGUUGCUGUUAUUUAUUUAUGAGAAAAUUUCCCAUGGCAGUACUUUAUUUCUUUGUAGUGGAAAAGUUUUUUGUUUUGUGUAAUUGAAUCUUGGCAGGUGUUGGAGCUUGGUUUCUGUAUCUAGUUUAUCAUGUUGACCUCUCUUCCCUAGCAAUGCUUAAGAAUGUCUUGCUAGGAAACAUAUAUCCAGAUGUCUAGUAACCUUUCCAAUGGCAUCUUUGCCAUUUAUGCACUUGGUAAAGUGUACCUAUCAUAGUACAGACAACUUUACUUUGAAUGAAAGAGGUGAAAAGGGAACGGUUACAUUGUUCAAGUUGGAAGUGUUCCCAAACUGAGAAACUCUUGUAGGAGUAUGUUACAUAUAGGUCAAAUUCACAUACCCGGCAUGAUGGAAGUAACGGAAGUCUCCUUUGGAGAGGAGGUAAUUUUUUUUUUUUUUUGGUGACCAACGACUAGUGCUAUAAAAUGUAUAUAAUUUUUUUUUUUUUUUUUUUAAAGGGAGCGCUAUAGUGUCUCUCUAUGCCCAAGCCUCCCACCCCCUGCUAGCAAAUAAAGGGUUUAAAAAAAAAAAAAAAGACAAUUCCACUUACCUGAUUCCAACACAUGGAUUCUUCCGUGCUGGAUGGGGCUUCGCCACCGCUGACAUCAUGACCAUCUUGAAGCGUAAUACACAGCAAGCACCGCACACGCAUUGGGCCUUCCACGUAGGAAACCAUUGAAUCGUUUCCUCUCCUAUAGGGAUUUUGAAAACGUUGGACAUCCUCAUGCAAAGCGUUAAGACAUCCAUUUUUGUUUCACGGGGCUGAGCUCUGUGAAACUGUAGGAAGAACCUCUAAUGGCUGUAUGGGAGAUAGCGAGUAGAGGCAGUCUUUACCCAGCAAUGCACAAAUUACAGUUUAUCUGAAACUACGAUGUUUUACAUUGCAGAGUUAAAGGGACAGAGACACUGCACCCAGACCAGUUCAGUGAGAUGAAGUGGUCUGGGUGCCUAGUGUCCCUUUAAGAAGAUGUUGGCAAUGAAGCUACCUGUGUCAUCUUAUUCUAUAUCUCGCAAUGUGAAGAACUAUAUAAUAUAUAUAUAUAUAUAUAUAAUGUCUGCACCAUAGCGCUACUGUUUACAGGACUUGUAUCGUGUUGUCAUUGAUUUAAAAAUGGGCGUGGCUUGGAUCUCACUGAGAGCAGUCGCAUGUCUGUGGUGCUCCUAGGUUACAGCGGCAAUAAAUGCAGAUUGAUAGAUCCACACGGCGACAAUCUGACUACUUUCUGGCUUCCACAUCCGGUAACAAUAUGGGGAAACAAAAUAAAAAGUAAAAAACUUAUCCAGAGGAGGAUUCCGGAAAAAUCUGCGAUCUUUUCCUGUCAAGGCCUAAACCUAAAAUGGUGCGACCCCCAGAUCCCCAAAGCUCAUUCUCGGAGGAGGAAACACUGGGUGCUCUGGACCCCAUACCAGAGGCUGCAGACUCCAUUUUGAACCUCUCACUUUCAGACCUGGGAGCGCUGGCUACCAAAGGAGAUAUCCUGAACAUACUGCAGAACCUGCGCAACCUGUUCCGCUCAGACAUAGCAGUUCUGCAAGAAGAGGUGACCACUGUUACAGACAGCGUGAGGGCGUCUGGGAUUUGUCAGCCUUUUACCUAAAGUGGCCGGCUGGACAAAUAAUGGAGCCGGCCGGCUGCCCGCCCGCUCAGGAAGCUGUAUAGCGGGAGGCAUGGAGGCGGCAGGCUGGGGCAAUGUGCGAGGCAGUGUUGUAGCCACUCGCCUUGGGAGGUAUGGAGGUGGCCGACUCAGGAAGCUGUGUAGCCGGCCAUCCGCGGGAGCAUAGAGGCGGCCAGCUCAGGGAGCUUUGUAGCCGGCCGCCUGUGCGCCCACAGGAGGUAUGGAGGCGGCAGGUUGGGGCAGUGUGCGAGGGAUCAGUCUUCUCUGAAAAGGCAGUGUUUACAUUGAAAAGGCUACAGGGACAGGCUAUUGGCACCAGAACAAAUACAUUAAUCUGUAGUGGUUCUGGUGACUCCCUUAAAAAAAAUAAAAAAAAAAUAAAAAAAAACUGGUUCCUGGAUUCCAAACAAACUUGUCAAGCCCUGCUUCAUGCUAAAUACACUGGCAACCCAGGCUUCUCUGUUCUUACCGGGGAGCCAACCCACUCCUAAAUGGAGGGCGGGCAGAUACUUACCCACGUCGAAGGCCAUACUGACCUUUCCAUCCCAAACCAGCUUAUAAACAAAUCCUUAAUCAAACGCACCACCUAGGCUGAUAACUGCCUACCACUAUCCCUCUCUUGGCAGUAUUGUGAUGCUAAACCCAUACCAUGUCUCACCCCUAUGUUAUGUUUUGCAUUACGUAUUAUCUUAUAUAUGCCUAGUGAGAGAGAUCCUCCCCCUUUAAAUUGAGGAUAAUGGUCUACUCUUGCUUAUUCUUACUAACAAAAUGUGCACUGUACUCUUAGCCACACAAAUGUUAUACUAUGCCUAAUACCCAGUUUGUACCAGCUGUUGUGGCAGUGCAAACCUGCUUGUUUAACAUAUGCACAAAUAAUUAUUUUUUAUAAAAAAAAAAAAAGUAUUCCUUUAAGAUUGAAUCUUUAUGAAAUACUGUGUUGGAAUUUCACUGAAAUCCCAACCCAGUCGAAAGAUUAUUCUAAGACAAAAUAUAUCAAAAUGUAUCUGUAUUUGUUUUAAAUUUUUUUCUGCUUUACAAAAAGACAUUGCUGUCAAGCUUGUCAUUUCCACUAGCCUGAUGCAGGAAAAUUAGGCUUUCUAAGCAGGAUCCUCCAUAGACCUCAAUGCCGUACUUUCAGUUGAAAUGCCAGGAGCUGAAGAAGAGCAGACUGGGGGGGGAAGAAGGCGGCACCCACGAGGGACUGGUUCAGGUGGGUAAGACUUGCCUUUUCCUGGCCUUUGGAUCCCCAGCAGCGAUUUCACCGUCUGAGGUCUUUGCAAAGUAUGGAAAGACCCCGGGCAAUUACAGAGCCGCUUUAAGGAAUUAAAAAGGAUGUCAACUCAGCCUGGUCGUGACCCUUUAACCUAUGAAAUAAACCCACUGUCAAGGUUUCCUGUUGCAGACAUAAGCCACUUAUUAGAAGUGAUUCUUUCCACCCUGCAUAAUCAUGCCUAUUUCUAACUUGAGGAUCCGCAAAAUCAGUAUGUAUGUUUGGCAUUGAUGUUAUUUACCAUAAUAUGGCCAUUGACUUAUGUUCAUGGUUUUGUUUUAUAGGUGGUGUACUUGCUGUUUGGCAUUCUUCUCACCGUGAAAGUUACCCAUCCUGAUACCAUGUCAUCAGUUGAUAUUCAGUAUGAAGUCAUCGGAAACUACUAUGGCACAGAGAGAGUGGCCGGUGAGUCGUGAAAAAGAACACCUUUUGCAGAGGAGAUAGAUAUAUUUAAAAAAAAGAAAGAAAAAAAAAAUUAUAUAUAAAUUUUUUUAUUUUUUUUUUAGAUAAUACGGGAGCGGGGAUGAAUGAUUGAUAAACAGUGAUGGUGUUAUUACUCAAUGUAAUGCAAUUUAAAUGUGGAUAAUUUUUGCAUGCUCAGUGGGUUUGAUCCAUAUGGAAGACUAUCACAAGAUGUCUACAACCAGUAACGAGGAAUUGCGUGAGAGACUGAGCAAGUCACUUUGAUGAUCAUGGUACCAGCAUCAAAAAGGCCAGGAUCUUACAUGGGGAUGGCUUGAUUCACUAAACUCUGAAUUGUAGUCAAAUUAAAUCAGAAUUGCAAAAUGUCAACUAAAACCAGCCAAGCCUGUAACUCUAUUAUAGACAAUGAAUUUGUCAAAACAGAUUUAUGCUGAAUAAAUUUAGUGAAUAAAUCCCUGAAUAAUCUCCACUAUAUCUUUUUGCUGAUCAGUCAUUUUGAGAUGAAGCAUUAGGCUGGGUUUAACUCCCCUUAAUAUUACAGGGUUUCCUAACUGAAUGCUGUUUAUUCCUGUGAAUCACAGGUCAGGUUGGAUAAAGAAUCAAGGCAUUUGCAGGUCAUGUUUAUUGAGCAGAUGUUAAAUGAUCGAAAACCAUAUCUGGAGAACAGAUUGUGAUAAUUAGUGAAUGAAGAAAGCUGCCUCUGCCUAAUUAUUAAAUGUGAAUGAAACAAGGAGAUCCAAUGCUUUUGAUGGCAAUGUUUAUCCACAUUUCUAUAUUAAAGGGACACACUGGACCCCAAAUACAAAAAAUAAAUCACUGUUUAGUAGAUUAACAAGUGAGAACAUGCAUUAAUUUAAUUUUGGAUUAAUUGGGGUAUAUCUAUAAACGGAUUGCAAAAUCUACAGAUCUCUCGUCUCCAGCCUUUGCAACUCAAUGAGAAGUCUAUGCAAGGCAGGUGCUCUGGGCAAUUUCUGCCUCUUGGGUUUAGUUCCACUGAGCUAAACAAACUAGGAAGUAACAGGAAUAGUUGACUGACAACCAGGGGGUGUAAAAAAGUUGCAAAAGGCACAGGAAAGAGUGCAGCCAAGAGACUCUUAUAGGUGUUUAUCACAUUACUUAAUACAUGCAGUGCAGUAUACAUGUAUGUAUUAAUGUGAAAUAGGUGGAGAAAUAAAAAAAUGAUAUACCCCAAUGGAGAUAACAGUUUAGAUAUUCCUAAAAAGUAAAACAAAAGGUAGAGACUCUCACAGGGCAAUGUUGCAGUUAUUUCUUUUGUGGUGUCUAAUAAUUCUUAUGUGGUCCAACUCACAUUUUUCUGAGCCUGUUAUAAUAAACUGGCUCAGGUAGUACAGCUUUGCAUAAUGCGGUAGUGCAGCUUUAAAUGGCACAAUAGAUCCACACGUAUUGGUAGCUUGAUCCUCAAAGGCAAAAAGCAUAGGAAAGGCAACACCAGUUAGAAUAAAAUAGUAAACAUUUAUUGAAGAGUAAUAUAAAAUCUUACAUUCAAACUACUGGAGUGCCACACAGUAGUUAAGAACAUAAUGCGUUUCAACGAUACAAAAUUCGUCUUCCUCAGGUACAUACCAACUAUUUAAACCAUUAUUGGCACCAAAAAUAGGUGUUAAAGACCAGCCCCCUUAGUGCUAUUAACCAAUCCCAUGGUAGUUCAUCUCUUGACGAGCGUAUCUCAGCGCUCGCAAGAUCGUGGAACGUCAUUUCCAGGUUCGUUCUAUGCGUUUCAGCAGCCAUUUUAUUCUCAUUCAUGCGUUCCACUUCAUGCCGUCUUCUGUAUAUCGUGCUUGUAAUUCAUGCGAUCUCAGUUCCCACCAGUAAAUCAUCAUUCAUAUGGUUUAAGGAAAAAGUAGUUAUAUACAUGAGAAUUCAUACAAUAUAAUAGCCCAUAAAAGUAUAAGAUAAAAGGGAAGCAUAAAAACAAGAUAAAUAUGUAAAAACCUCUAUGUAUAAACAUUAAAAAUCCUAAAAAUUAUAUAUAAUUAUACAUGUCAAAAUCUAGAUUUAAUUCAUUUGGGUCUCCAAAUCAAAGAUCCACUUCAUUUCUGCUUUGUUUAGGAUCUUUAAGGUUUUUUUUAUUUUCUGGAUUCCCCUAAAGUGCAGACAUUUACCUUCACCAUUGUGUAUUUCAUUAUGUGAAUAGUUAGUGAUUUUGUACUUUAUUCUGUAUGUUUCUAAGGUGCUCACUUAUUCUAAUUUUUAAAGGCCUCAUGGUUCUUACUACGUAUUGUAGUCCACAGUCACGUCAAAAGAUAAAUCACAUUAUUAGAAUGGCAAGUGAUAAAAUGCUUAACGUUAUAUUCCUUUUUAGUUACAUUUAAAUAAAACUUCUGUCUUUUUGGUGAUUUUAGUUGUUUUGCAAGCUUUACACUUUCCACAAUUAAAAAAAUCCUUUAAGAUCUUAGUUCAAACAUUUUUAAAAUAAUUGGCUCCCCUAUACACCAUUUUUGGUUUAUCUACCAUGUAUAUACGGAGAUUCUCAUUUUGUCUCAGAAUGUGCCAAUGUCUAUUGAGGAUCUUGCAAAAAAUAUGACUCUGGGAGUGUCGGUUUCAUUUGUACUUCUCUAAAUUGUUUUUUCACAUUGUCUCUCUUAUAUCCAUUUUUAAAUGUUUUUUUUUUUUUUAAAUAGUUGACUGUUCCAUAAUAGUUUCUUCCUCUGUGCAGUUUCUUUUUAAUCUGAUAAAUGUCCCUUAGGGGUAUUUGAUAACCACGAUUUAAAGUGACAGCUAUUGUUAUCUAUGUAGCUAUUUAUAUCAACCGUUUUAAAAAAAGUAUUAGUUUUAAUUGAAUUGGUCUCGAUAAAAAUUCUUACAUCUAAAAAGUGUACUUCCUGAGUGCUGAUUUCUGAUGUAAAUUUAAUCCCCCAUGAAUUAGCGUUUAAAAAGGCUAAGAAUGUGUCCAAGGAGACUCUCUAUCUCCCUUCCAAAUAAAAAAUACAUCGCUUGUAGAGUACCACUGGUGUAAAAAGGUUAAUUUUAUAAAAUUGCCAAAUUUUUUUAUUGGAAAUUGCACUUUUUGUAAACGUGGAAUAAAAAAAGGACACGCUAUUCGCACAUAAAGCCCUUUGGCAAGCUAACAUGCUUUAGGUGUUUGGAGUAUUCCCUUAAUCAUAUUUUGGGGGGAAAAAUCUUUUGAAUUUAUAUCUAUUUGAUUACAGUGAUAUGGUAUUUUGUGUUUAUUAUGUUCCUACUGUACUAAAUAUGCAAUGUGAAUGUUUUUUGUUUUUGCAGAGAAUGCAUGUGUCCUCUUCGCCAUCUCCCUUCUUAUGUUCACCAUGAGCUCCAUGUUGGUUUAUGGAGCAAUCACAGUGAGUAGCGAUAAUUCCUCCUUAAACAAAUCUGUUCCUUCCAAGCACCAGCACCACUGUAACUUAUUGUAGAGGUUGUGGCAUAUUGCCUGUGUGUACUGCCGCUUGUAGUCCUUCACCUCUACUGCUGCUCUUCUGAAUCCACUCUUUUUUAACUUCACAAGUACAUAUUAGUUAAACAUAGGGAUUAAUAAACAUACUACAAAUCUUGGGAUGUUACAAUUCUCCUCUAAUGUAGAUGCAUUUCUCAAAAAAAAAGAUUUGUUUAAAUUUUAAUCCCAUGCUUCUCCUUUAAAUUUCACUUCUUAUUUUCAACACUUUGCACGAACCCAUUAUUAUUCAGAUCUCACAUAAAUCUUUUCACCCCUCUACUAAGGCUACUUUCUGUAGUCUUCUUUACAAUAGUAUUCUUACAGAUAUAUCGGUUUACAUUUUCAUUCUAUUCAUUACUUUUGUACUUUGUUGAGCUAAACUUGUGCGAGGCAACAUAGUUGAUGUUGCAAUUUCUCCUGCAGUCCUAUUGUGUCCAAUUCAGCAAGUUCUUUCUGUUUCACUUCUGCUAUUAUAUUUUACAAAACCUUGAUUUGCCUGCAAUGCCUACAUAGUAAACUUGAAUUUUGUAAAACUCAAACAAUUAAAAAAAUAAAAUAAAAAGGAAAACUCAUUUGUAGGAUUUUUUUCUUGUUUUUGAUUUUGUGUUAUUGUGUGUACAUGGAUGAAAAGCAUCUGUAACAAAAACUGCUCCCUCUCAUUUAUUCCCAUAGCAUCGAGGAGGCUGGUUGAUUCCAUUCUUUUGCGCACAGCUCUUUGAUUUUGCUCUCACGUGUCUUCUUGCAAUCAGUUCUCUCACAUACCUGCCUGGAAUUAAAGACUAUUUGGAGCAACUGGUAAGUUUUGUGAUAAUUGUAAUAAAUAAUUUCAACGUAACCAUGUCAUGUUCCUGAUUAAGAAACUGAUAUUCGAGUUAAAUUUAUACAUUCUCAUAAAACAACCUGUAAUGGUGUUUUGAAUACAGCACAAGGUAAAGUCAACCAUUUAAAAGGUAAAAGUACAAAUGUGUGAAAAUAUGCCACAUGGAACAUUACUGGUUUUAAAACACCCUAUCUUUUUUAUUUGCUGUUUGUACUGUAGAGGUGCUUGUAAUGUUCCUUUAAAAAGGCACCUGUCACGGUGCAACAAUAGUACUCAUUUUAAAGAGCUUAAAAUAUCAUGCAUACAUUGUGCUAGCUGUUUUGCUAGGAAAUGUAAAGAUUGGGAGAAUAACGUAUUUAAAAAUAGGUCUUUCUACCACUUCUCAGUCAAAUCUUUUACAGAUGUCAUGCCAAUGCUUUGACUGACCAGGUUGAGCAGAGAACCUCCCACAUGUGUUCAGAUGCUGGCAAUGAAGCCCUGUCGGGGCCACACAGGAGGUUUGCCCUGCUCGUUAAAGUGUCUCCAAACUGGGCAAAUGAAAGACCAGGUGGAGCAUGGCAGACCGGUGAUGGGUGUUUAUAUAAAGUCCAACACACACAAAAAAAAGUAAAUGGCAGCUCUGGAUGGGGGUACAGUGAGAGAUCCCUCAAAAUCUUACAGAUGCAUGAUGCAUUCAAUGUAUUUGGGGCUGAUUUGGUCUCACAACAGGUUCACUUUAAUGACUUGUUCAUACAGCUUUAUUCCUAGUUUUUAAAACUCUUUGUAGCCAGGUCAGCCGCUAGCAGCCUGGGCUGCUCUCUCACCAACCAGACACUGCUCCUACAACCACCCCCUCCAUAUUUUCGUUGUCAGAAAUUUCUCUUAGGAGUGGGCUCCCACAGGUUGGUCUAAAGUUGCAAGUGUUUCUACAUUUUUUACAGAAAAACUGUCAUACGAAAAUAAAUUGCUGUUUGGAUGCAGUUUUACGUAUAACAUUCAGAACAUCUGUAUAUUUCUUUUACUAAUAGACACUGGUUCUUUGAAUUUACCUUUUUUAGAGCUGCAUUGACCAUACAGGGACAUGUAAAGGAAAGGCCGUGGCUAUGUAGUGAGGUAUUCAAAUCACAAUGCUGUGGGUGUAUGUAAAUCAUUAAACAGGAUGUGAGUCUGUUCCUAAAAGUAAAUACUGCAAAGCUUUUUGGAAUAUAUAUACAAAAUAUGGAACUGUGGAGCCUUGACAGAGGAAUUGCAAAUCUUAGUCUUUGUUAACCAGUUUUAGUGUUGCACUAGUAACUUCAUAAAAGUGAAUCAACCAUAAAGUGCCACUCCUGGGGCAUUAGAAAAUAUUUUUGAAAUAAUUGAAAAAAAUGAAAGUACUUAUAAAUGCAUUCAAUCCUUCCAUAUCUUUAAAAAAAUAUUAAAAAAAUGCACAUAUCUAUAGUGCAUACUGCUUAUGAGAUUUUAUGUUAACCCCCCUAAUUAGUGCACUCACAUAUAUCAGAGCCUCUUUGCCUGGCUCUGGGUAAAAAACACUUUCAAGGAGAGGGUUAAAUACCCUACUUGAUUCCUGGAUCUUUCCUGCAUAGGCAAAGAAGCAACAGAAUAAAAGGAGAAACCAACAGGGGCCCAAAUAGUGUUUCACCAGGACUUGGUGUCAUAGUGGAAUACCCAAAAUGCUUGCUGAUUUGAAGGAAAGUCUUGGUUUCUUCUUUUGCCAUGCAAAUCUGGAUACAUUUCUCUGUAUAAAUUGAGACUUGGCGAAAAAUGUUUAAAGAGACUCUCCAGGCACCCAGACCACUUCUGCCCAUUAGAGUGGUCUAGGUGCCAACUCCCACUACUCUUAACCCUGCAAGUGUAAUUAUUGCAGUUUUUUUUUUGCUUUUUUUUUUUUUAUAAACUGCAAUAAUUACCUUGCAGGGUUAAGUCCUCCCUUAGUGGCUGUCUACUAGACAGCCACUAGAGGGCACUUCCUGCUCUAUAGCACAGAAAAUCUGUGCUAGAGUGUCGCUGGACAUCCUCACACUAUGUGAGGACCUCCAGCGUCACUCAAUUCCCCAUAGGAAAGCAUUGAAAAGCAUGCGCAUUAGAUCUCCCUGGCCGGUGGGCGGGAUCAGUCUCGCCUACCGGCCGACGUAAAACUGAGGAGGAGCGGCGGCGGAGGAAGAUGUAGCGACGUGGGACAUGUCGCUGCCUCUGGUAAGUUGCUGAAGGGCUUUUCACCCCUUCAGCAACCAGGGAUUGGGGGGUGGGAGGGAGAGGGGACCUGCAGUGCCAGGAAAACGGAUUGUUUUCCUGGCACUGGAGUUUCCCUUUAAGUGACCUCUUAUUUUGAGGACAUUGGCUAGGUCAUGCUUACAAAAAAAAAACAAAUGUAACGUGCGUUGCAUCAGGACGUCCAGCGUCUGCGCAAACCCCAUAGGAAAGCAUUGAUUCAAUGCUUUUCUACGGGGAAGGGCUAAUGCAAUCGUGGUGCUCACCGCCCAUGUGCGUCAGGUCCACCUUUCAGCUGUGUAUUCUUAGCACUAUAGUUACCCUUUAAUAUGGUUUACUGACAUAUUUAUUCCUGUUAUUCCAUGUUAGUGUCUGAGUUAUUUUUUUUUUCUUUCAAUGCCACAAAAAAUAAACUUCGUAUUUCUCAUUUUGCAGCCAGAGUUUCCUUACAAAGAAGACAUGCUUGCAAUGGAUUCCAGCUUGCUGCUCUUCUUUGUGGUGUUUGUGGGUACAUUUGUCAUUCUCCUAAAGGUAAGUCUGCUCUUUUAUCUCCUUUAGGAUGAGGUGAUUUCUCUUAGUAGGACUUCUCAGAUGAGCUAUAUGUUUAAUUAUCUGGCUCUACUGAAGUCCUUUUUAUUUUGCGUACUAAUAUAAAGUAAUCUUUUUUUUUUUUUUUUUUUUUUCUUAAACAUUUCAGCAAAUACUGGACACAUUCCAGUGCUUCUGAAUUCAGGGGUAUAGUGUGGUGUUUUGAGAGUCCUGUGUUCUAGCUCCUUGGCAUACUGAUUCAGCCAUUGUGUUUAAAAGUCUUCAUUCUCCAACAAUCUGUUUUCUAGAAAGCCCAAGCCUGACAUAAAAUCUCACAGGGAGAAAGGUGCUUUAAAAAUUGCAAAUUAUUAUUAUAGUUUCUAUUGUUUCUCCCCCUUUUUGUUUUUGUUUUGUUUUGUUUUGUUUUGUUUUCCUGCUGCACCCAAAAUGUAGUAUUUUGUGCAACAGAGUGAAAGAGCCAUUGUGGUACCUGUUCACAUGGGAGGGGUAGCAUUAAACAUGCUUCCAUGAUCUCUUGAGUGAGGUUUGCAAUAUGACCAAUAUGACCAAAUUGCAAUACACUCUGGAUUUGGUGAUCAUAAACCACCUUGCAGUUUAAUCUAUGCAAGGAACCCAAGUUGUUUUGGUACCUUGAGUGUCCAUCAAAUUUCCAUAGACAUUCUGACUUCAAGUUAAAUUGUUUAAGCAAGUAAGGUUCAUAUUAUAAUAAGUCUGACAAGUAUACUACAUUCACUAGCAAAAUUAAAAAGCGCUUGUGGGUAUUUGACAUCUCCAGUGUUAGUCUUAGACAAACAUACUUAUUUAAGAAGAAAAAAAGUUUUGGUUUUAUCACCAAUGUUUAUUAUCUCUGCUUACAAAUGUUCUCUAGUUUAUUUUCAAAUGUAAAUAGGCCAGUCUUUUAUUGUAAUUUUGUUUUCCGAAGGUAGCUUAAAAUAUUGAUCUGUAAGUAAACAAUUUAUUGUGGGGGAAGCAAAACUGGCCUUUUCAUUAUUCUCUGGUAGCUUCAUGUAAUCUAUCAGCAUGUGAAGCUGGUUCCGCAGCAUUCCACGGCUAGUUUGAACUUUGUGUUGUAAAGAUUCAUUUAAUUUGUGCGUAAUCCAGACAAAUAAAAUCCACUGCUCUGAAGAUAGGAAGCACAGUGCUUUUCUGUUUUUAGAAAAUGUUUAGCACCAUCAUGGGCGCUCCCAAUCUCUCGUUAUUGCUAACUUAAGAGGCUUGUGUUUUUCAACUUCAAUACUGAAAGCUAUUUUUUUAAACUCCUUUUUAGAUGAAGAAAUGCCUAUUCAAGGCUUUUAUUUGUUUAUUUUUAUUGUUUAUUUUUUAUUAACUAGCAUUUGUGUCUUUCAGGCGUAUCUAAUCAACUGUGUGUGGAACUGCUACAAAUACAUAAACAACAGAAACAUGCCUGAAAUUGCAGUGUACCCAGCUUUUGAAGCACCUCAGAAGGUAACAUUCUGGACACCCAUUGCAAAAUGACGAGAGUUUUGCAUUGAACAAUGCUCGGGGAGUGUUUUUGACCAAAUGUAAAUAUUGCCGGUACUCAGAAAUGGCAAGAUUUGAAAUUGUUAGAGAAGAGGGGCUGCAUCUGUGCUCCAAACCACUACAUUAAGAUGAUGUGGUUUUCGUUUUUGUGCUCAUUAUACCUUUAAAUAACGAUUUCCAGGACUAUGACAGAUGGGCAUUUCCAUGUUGUUUAACCCUUUAAGGACACAUGACAUGUGUGACAUGUCAUGAUUCCCUUUUAUUCCAGAAGUUUGGUCCUUAAGGGGUUAAUUGCUGAUAGUUUUCCAACCUCACUCACAGGCUCAGAGUUAUGAACAUUCCAUUGACAGAUCAUAGGCGUUGCUUUUCUUCUUCUUCGCAUUGAAUCGUCAUAUUAAAUGUAUGCAAGCAGAGUGAAUGAAACGUGCUUUAGCAAUUUUUUUGUCCCUUUUAUUCGUGUUGAUUGUAAUUCAUACACCAAUUACAAAAAAAAGAACAUUACUGUGAAAAGGACAUUUUGGAGCACUUAAGAAACUUCAUUUGGCGUUUGCAUCCAUUACAUACGUAGAAGUAAUUACAAAACUUACCCUUUCUCCUUCCAUUUUAUUAUGCUUAAAUGAACAACCCAGACUGGAAGUGACCUCCAUUUUAAAAACAUGAUCUAUAGUUCAUUAAGCUGACCACCCCAGCCCAACCUUAAAGAAUCAGGAGCCUCUCGUAUUCCUAUAAAGGAUCUGAUCUUAACAAAUGUCCAGCAGCGGUUUAUGGAACUAGCACUUAUCUGAUGUUAUUCGUACAAUAAGCAGAUGACCGCUUAUUGACAGGUGUGCACAAUUCUUGCUCCAGCACUUUCUACCAAGAAUGAGGAAGCAUUGAACUGAAAAUUGUUCCAGUUAAAGCUGGUUAUGCUACGUUAGAUUACAACCAAGGGUUUUCUGAAGUGUUUUUUGGGUUUUUUGUCACUUUUUUUUUAUUUUUUAUUUAAUUGCAUUACUUACGUGUUGGCUACAAUAUAAAACUAAUUCCAUGUUGUUUUGUUGACAGUAUGUCCUUCCCACAUACGAUAUGGCUGUGAAAAUGCAGGACAAGGAGAAAGACCCACCUCCUCCAUACAACCCUGUUUAGUUCCUGAGACUCCUAAGAACUUGGUUUUAAUUUCUCCUUUAUAUUUACUUUAACUGGAACUCUUGUUACCACUGUUCCUAUUUUGUUUUGUUUUUUUGUUUGUUUUUUUUUCUUAUAUUGUUUGCUUUUCUUUUUGCUAAACAUUUGAUUUUAAAACAAAAAAAAAAUGUUUGUAAUGCCUUAACCUUUUAAAAACUAGAUAAAUAUAAUUAGAUUCAUUAUUUACCGAAUGACAAUCUCUGAUUAACUUUUAUGUGGGAAGUUAAGAUUUAAAAACAUUUGUUAGUGGUACUUUUUAUUUUAUUUUUCGUAUUUGUAUUUUAGUAUUGUUUGCAUCUUAUUCACAUGCCUUUAACUAUUUGAGACCCCGAGGGGUGCGCAGAAUGAUUCAUCAGGUCACUGCUUCUGGUAGUAUGCACUGUCGCAGGAAUCUUUUGGCGCCUAAAGAAUAACAUGAUAUUUUUAUGAGUGAUGCUUUAGUUGGACAUGUUUAAGUCAUGCCAGCAGCAUGUUUAAAUGAAUACACAUGUAGGAAAUAUUUUACUAUUUGCGUGUGACAGGAUGGAGCACUAAUCUUAUCUGCAUAUAACUUGUCUUUUACCUGUGACAUGAUCAUACAUCAAUAAAUCUUUAUAGAAACCACUGCUGGUUUGUUCAUGGUUUAUGUUUUGUAAUUUAUGCUGUUAGUUGGUCUUUUUAUUCCUUGG